AUGGACAUGAGGGCCCCCACUCAGCUGCUGGGGCUCCUGCUGCUCUGGCUCCCAGGUGCCACAUUUGCCCAAGUGCUGACCCAGACUCCAGCCUCCGUGUCUGCAGCUGUGGGAGGCACAGUCACCAUCAAUUGCCAGUCCAGUCAGAGUGUUUAUAGUAACUACUUAUCCUGGUAUCAGCAGAAACCAGGGCAGCCUCCCAAGCUUCUGAUCUACGAAGCAUCCAAACUGGCAUCUGGGGUGCCAUCGCGUUUCAAAGGCAGUGGAUCUGGGACACAGUUCACUCUCACCAUCAGCGCCGUGCAGUGUGACGAUGCUGCCACUUACUACUGUCUAGGCGAUUAUAGUAGUAGUUGGUACCACAGUGAAACAAGCUCUAACACAAACCCCCCAGGAAAGCAGAAGUGUGCCAGAUGUGCCGCUGUGAUGACCCAGACUCCAUCCUCCGUGUCUGCAGCUGUGGGAGGCACAGUCACCAUCAAUUGCCAGUCCAGUCAGAGUGUUUAUAAUAACAACCAAUUAUCCUGGUAUCAGCAGAAAUCAGGGCAGCCUCCCAAGCUCCUGAUCUAUUCUGCAUCCACUCUGGCAUCUGGGGUCCCAUCGCGGUUCAAAGGCAGUGGAUCUGGGACACAGUUCACUCUCACCAUCAGCGGCGUGCAGUGUGACGAUGCUGCCACUUACUACUGUGCAGGCUAUUAUAGUUAUAGUAGUGCUGGUACAAUACCACAGUGA